AUGUCUGGUUAUACACAAUACUCUAGUUCACACCAUCAUCAUCAUCAUCAUCAUAGUAAUAAUACUGGUUAUGGUGGUAAUAGCUCCUAUUAUAAUCCUGGUCGCCCAAAUGAUUUUAUUGAUAUACAUUUCACAACACAAAACUUAAAACCAUCAUCAUCAUCUUCUCGUGGUCAUAGUGGCCAUCGUGGUCAUCGUGGUCAUCAUGGUAACCCAAAUGAUUUUAUUGAUAUACACUGGUAG